AAGCUAAAUCACAAACUCCAAGUCGAAGAAGCAAACCAGAGAGGAUGAAAAGGGAAGAGGAAACAGAAGAGGAGGCGGAGUCCCCAAAAUUCCCAGCAUUUCCGUACAAACCCUACGACAUACAGAUCGAUUUCAUGAAGGCCCUCUAUCACUCUCUCAACAAAGGAGGCCUUUCCAUGCUCGAAAGCCCCACCGGGACUGGGAAAACUCUAAGUAUCAUUUGUAGUGCUCUGCAAUGGGUGGUUGAUAGGAGGGAACAACAGAAAUCUGAAAAUUGUGUUGAAUCUGAUCUUAGUAGUGCUAAAGAUGGUCGAGUUGACUCGGAUGAUGAGCCUGACUGGAUGAGAAAUGUUGUUAUUAACAAAGACAAGCAGAGUGAGGAGAAGAAGUCUAAUAAGAAGGAGAAAUUUGGGGUUGGGUUUCGAAGGGCCAAUAAGAGAGGGAGCCGUGGAAAUUGUAGAGAUUUGUUCUCGCAGAGUGUUGAGGAGGAGCCUUCCGCAAAGAAAGAGGAAAAGGAUUUGCUAAUGAGCAAUGAUGCUGUGGAGUUAAGUGAUGAGGAGUUUUUGGUGGAAGAUUAUGAAAGCGAAGAGGAAGGGGAUCUGGGUGGUGGGAAGUCAAAGAGGAAGCUCUCUGGGGUUUCUUUUAGUUCGUCAAGCGAGGAAGAUGAAGAAGAUGGGUCUGGUGACGAUGAAUUUGAGGAUGAGAAGGUGCAGGUUUAUUUUUGUAGCCGGACACAUUCACAGCUUUCACAGUUCAUAAAGGAAUUAAGGAAGACGAUCUUUGCUAAUAUGAUGAAGGUGGUGUCUUUGGGCUCAAGGAAGAAUUGCUGCAUCAAUGAAGAGGUAUUGAAACUUGGAAACUCAACUCGCAUCAAUGAACGCUGUUUGGAACUUCAAAAGAACAAGAAUAAGGAUGUUUCCAAAAUCAAGAACUUAGGUGCCGGAGUCAGGAUUCGCAGGAACAAUGCUUCUUGUGGAUGCCCGAUGCUUAGAAAACAUAAACUACAAAAAGAAUUCAGGAGCAUGAUGUCUCAACAUGGUGCCUUGGAUAUUGAAGAUCUUGUUGAUCUUGGAAAAAGCAUGAGGACUUGUCCAUAUUAUGGCUCCCGAAGCAUGGUUCCUGUUGCUGAUCUGGUGGUUCUACCGUAUCAGUCUCUUCUUUCUAAAGCAUCUCGUGAGUCUCUUGGUCUCAAGUUAAAGAAUAAUAUUGUUAUUAUAGACGAGGCUCACAAUCUAGCUGACUCCUUGAUCAGCAUGUAUGACUCAAGAAUCACUUUUUCGCAGCUGGAGGAUGUGCACGGGCACAUUGAGAAGUACUUUGCAAGAUUUUGCAAUGUAUUGGGACCUGGUAAUCGUAGAUAUAUUCAAACUCUCAUGGUGCUCACUCGGGCUUUCCUCCAAGUGUUUCUAAGAGAGGAUACGGGCUGCGGAAAUUCUUGUCAUGAUACUGAAAAGGCUUCUGGAGCAAAUGGAACGCCUACUUCCUCUAUGGCCAUUAAUGACUUUUUAUUUUCCCUCAAUAUAGACAACAUCAACUUGGUCAAAUUGCUUCAGUAUAUAAAGGAAAGCAACAUCAUGCGCAAGGUCUGUGGUUAUGGCGAUAAAGUAGGCAUUCAAAAGAGUUUGGCACUUAAUGGCGGUGAAGAGAGAAGCACUUUGUCCAGUUUCCAAGCAUUAGCAAAUUUUUUGCUAUCACUGACAAAUAAAGAUGGAGAUGGGAGGAUUAUAAUCUCAAAGAGUAGUCCAACAUGCCCUGGACAGGAAGGAGGAUAUAUAAAAUAUGUUAUGCUGACUGGGGAUAAUAUUUUUUCAGAGAUUGUGGAUCAAGCGCAUGCUGUUGUACUGGCUGGGGGAACUCUCCAACCUAUAGAAGAAACAAGGGAGAGACUCUUCCCUUGGUUACCACUGAACCAGUUGCAAUUCUUUUCAUGCAGCCACAUUGUUCCCCCCGAGAGCAUUCUGCCAGUUGCAGUUUCCCGUGGUCCUUCUGGUCACACUUUUGACUUCAGCUACAGCUCCAGGAGGUCAUCAAUCAUGAUACAGGAGCUAGGGCGUUUGGUUUGCAAUUUGGUGACCGCAGUUCCUGAGGGCAUCGUUGUCUUCUUCUCUUCAUUUGACUAUGAAGGACAAGUUUAUGAUGCCUGGGAAGCUUCAGGUAUCCUUGAAAGGAUUAAGAAGAAGAAGCGUCUAUUUAGAGAACCUAGGAAGAGUACACAUGUAGAAUCUGUUCUCAAGGAAUAUAAGGAAACAAUUGAAACAUUGUCUUCUGGAGAGGGGAAAGAAAAUCCUUCUCAGAGUGGUGCAAUACUUCUUGCUGUCGUCGGUGGUAAGAUAUCAGAAGGCAUCAACUUAAGCGAUGGGAUGGGCCGGUGUAUAGUCAUGGUUGGACUGCCCUAUGCUAGCCCUUCCGAUGUUGAGUUGAUGGAGAGGGUGAAGUACAUAGAAGGGUUGGGAAACUCAAAUUCCACACAGCUGCCAAAUCUUUCACUUAGUAAUGAACUUCACGGUGGAGAAGUACGUGCAGGGUUUGACAUCCUCAGAAGUUGCAGACGCCGAGGAAAAGAUUAUUACGAGAAUCUUUGCAUGAAAGCUGUAAAUCAGUCCAUCGGUAGAGCAAUCCGACACAUAAAUGACUACGCAGCAAUUUUACUAGUUGAUACGCGGUACGCAACUGAUUCCUCAAAACGGAAUUCUUCCCAUCCAACUAACAAGCUUCCAAAGUGGAUAAAGGAUCGCUUCGUUGCUUCAGCUGAUUACGGUGAAGUUCAUAGGAUGUUACAUCAGUUCUUUAAACAUAACAAGAAGAAAUGGCUUCAGCAGUAAGUUUCUGGUACUGAGAAGUGAAAAAACAAGGGUUUACUCAGUAAAUCUUACAAAAUUAAAGUUUUCACUUAAUUGUAUGAUGCAGCAAUUAUUGUAGAGCCAUCAUAGAGCAACUAUAGGGAGUGAAGAAUUAUGUCAAAUUAUACCUCAGUUAGUUAUGAGCAUUUAUCUUUGAACCU